AUUCAUUCUACUUUUCAUUCCAUCAGAUGUGCAACGCUUCAUCUCCUAUCCAAAUUCUGCUGAUGCUUUCUAUUGAACCCAUGCCAUGCUAUGAGCUAUGAGCCACUCAGCAUCCAGACCAGAGCAUCUUCGUGAAGUAUAACGCAACUUCUGCCAAGCUAGCAUACAGUCAACACAUGGUUUCGACCUGAAGCACCGGACCACCGGCUUUCAAGCGACACACUGGCAAUCCCUAUACCUAUACCCGGUGAAGCUAGGUGUGAUGUUGGAUGUUGGCCAUGACAAGUACUGGUAUACUUUGCCACGACCUGGUCUGAAUCUAGAGCAGCUUGGCCGUUCCGAAUCAGGCACUGUCUCUGACGGCCAAGAAACUUUGAUUGAGGGCCUAUACUAUGGUCCCUUGAGGUCUCCAGAGAAAGCUGUAAGCGCUACAACCAAGCCGAUUGACUGGACACUCCAGAACAGCAGCGCAUUGGCAGCUCCUGCUGGAGCCAUGGACGCCGACGUUAUGGCCAAAUCUGCAACAAAGUCUUGAAUUUAACAGUUUCAAAUUGCCUUGCAGAGGACCAACUUGAACUGGUUCAAUGCCGAAAGUUCGGAUGGCAGUCACAAUAGCUACAGAGCAUCAUGGAGUUUUCAGACACGCCUAUACUUCGAAAGAAACCAAGCUAUUUUAUGCUGGAAAGACGGUGUUUGCUGGAAUUGUCUCCCAACCCCGGCACUGCUGGUCUCUUACCCUCCAAUACAUCGGAUAACAUCCAGACUGUGCCAAACUGACUAAAACAUACUCAUCAUGCACUCUUUAACGAAACUCUAAAUAGCGAAAGGGUGUCUCGCGAAGACUUGGCUCAACUAAAAGUACAGCCCCUGGAUGUGUCUGUGUUCUGCCGAGGAACAGCAGAGCAACAGCGCAACUAACUCUCAUAGAAGGCAAAGUCCAGAUCGGCAAAUAAUCUGUUACCGAGAAGCAGGAUCUUGCACUACGGAGCGCCAGAUCCGACACUCGGCACAACUACGACGUCCAGGGCAUGAACUACGACGGUGAGGAGAAGCACUUUACUCGAGCACCAAAGUCAUACUGCUUCUCCGCGUCCAUGUUCCUCGUGACAGUCCAAGGUGGUGUUAUCACUCGUGUGAUCCUUGGCUACAUCCAACCUGAGGGAAGAUUGGACCGACAAAAACAAUAGUAUGAAUCUUGAACCGCUUAUUCGGUUCAAUCUGUACAAGGAUGUCGCUCGAUGGGAGCAACGACCAUCUCAUCGGUAGUGAGCCUUGUCUCCCCGCCCCUGGCCAGUAAAAGGCAACCGGUUGCUGGAAAAUACCCAUCAAGGCUCAAGUCGCCGAGAUCGACCUGUGCAGCCUACUGUACUAGUGCGGUGUCUGCACGUGGAAAGGGGCAUCUCAAGGACACUUUUAGCUGUUCUCAGACUCCAUGUUCUUGUCCUGGCGUACACCAUACGCGUAGACAAUUGAGGCCAGGACCAUUGAGCUCCACAAGCAUGCUCAUUCCGUUGCAACCUUUUUGGAGACAGGGUUUGCAGAGGCCAGAAAGCGAUGACCGUCCCCAGUACUUGUCCCGUAUCCACCACCCCACAGGUCUUUACUCCACAAAGCUCUUCCCCGGAUCAUCCCUAGUCUUCAAGUGUCAUUUGCACUGUGCGGAUGCUUGGGGAAGCUGGCAUACUCGAUACCGUCAAAGGGCCGAAGAACAACUUUCGGAUCCAGCGCGUCCUACAGCUUCCACGCUGUCGCGACAUCCGUGCAAACUGACAACACAGGCAAUCGCACCCCCCUGGUCAGCCAUGCCAGGCAUCUCCAUUCCACGGCAGUUGUUCUCAACGAUGUGCCGAGCUUGGCUAUCCCUAAGCAAGAUGGGUCCAGACAUGCCAUGGCUACUCUUACUGGGUUAACUCCGCCGGGGACCGAAUCCCGACUGGUGUGUGGUUGGAGAAGCUUCCUUUAUCCCAACCACCAUUACCGUGACCUGCACCAUGUUGCUAGUUGCUGGCGAAGGGCUGAGCUCACUUCUAUACAAUUAUCUUAUGCGGGGAUUCAGCCUCCCACCUUAAGUACUCAGGAUUCCCCAGGCUUGAGAUUGACAUCUUUGCCCGGCGAAUGAACAUAUCAUCGCUUUCACACCGCUAGUCCGAGAACCUUCAGCUGCACGGUGAUAUUGGCCUCUACACGCAAGAUGGGGCUCGGUGUUCUCGAGGACACAAAACUCGACCAUGUCCCGGGGACGGUCUUGCUCAACGAUGAAGCCGCUCAUGCUGAAGCAAUCACUUCAGGCCUCAAGCAUGGCCGUGGCAGGGAUGCUCACAUCGUGCUGUCACCACAACCUAGUGAAGACCCCAAUGACCCACUGAACUGGCCCAUGUGGAAAAAAGAGGUCAUCAUCGCAAUUCUGUCUUUUGGGGCUAUGCUCAAUGCCGGCACCAAUGGACCACUCCUCAAUGCUUCAUAUUUCUCCAUGUCUGAACAAAUCAACAAACCAUUGACGACUCUUGUGUUGGUCUCUGGAUACAAUCUCUUGGCUGCUGGAUGCUCCGGCCCGUUCGUAUGUGCGUUCAGCCGCAAAUACGGCAAGAGGCCCGUUUUUCUGGUCUCUACACUCUUCGACAUUAUCGGAACGGCAAUCGGCGAGGCCCGCGUCUCCUACAAAUACCUCCUAGCUGCUCGUAUCAUCCAAGGCUUCUCGACAUCCGCGUUCGAAUCCUUGAUCGUGGCGACGGUUGGAGAUAUCUAUUUCGUACAUCAACGAGGUCUGCGGAUCGCUAUCAUCAAUUUCAUCCUCAACGCUGCCUCGAGCCUUGCGUCUAUCAUAUGCGGUCAAGUCUUCCAGGAUCUGGGAUGGCUAUGGCUGUUUCAUUUGUUCCAGAUCUUCCUGGUGGCACAGUUUGUUCUGAUGUUCUUGUUUUGUCCCGAAACGACGUAUAUCCGCGACAUCCGCUACGAUACCGACCUAAACCGCGACGAGAAACUGGAGGAGUUAGCGGUCAUUGAGCACUCCCACAAAGAGACCGUCGGAGAGCCAGGCCAAGGUGAAACGACAAGCAUCCCAAAGAAGAAGUCUUUCGUUCAGGAGCUGGCCGUUUGGACUGGUGUCUAUUCGCAUGACAGCAUCCUCAAAUACCUUCUUGGCCCGUUCCUGACUCUGCUCAACCCUGCUGGAUGUUAUGCAGUCAUUGCAUCUGGACUUCUGAACAGCUGGUACGUUGGGUCGGCCAUCAUAUUGUCCGGUAUCUUCUCUGGCCCGCCAUGGAACUUUGACGCUGCUCGUGUUGGAUAUAUCGGUGCCGGACCUUUCGUAGGAGGUCUCCUCGGGUCCCUUGCUUGCGGGUUUACCGGAGACUACGUCAUCAAGUACCUGACCAAGAAGAACAAGGGUGUCUAUGAACCGGAAUUCCGUCUGGUGUUCAUGAUUCCAGCCUGCAUCGCCUGCGGGCUGGGCAUGUUCCUCUUUGGCUAUACUAUGUCCAUCGGAUCUCCUGCAGAGCUGUGUGCUUUUCUCCAGGGCGUAAUGAUGUUUGGUGUGCUUAUCGGAAUAUUCUCGACAUUGUCGUAUGGUCUGGACUCCUUCCGCAGCCAGAGCAACGAAAUCUUUGUCAUGAACAUGCUGUUCAAGAACUUCAUGUUUUAUGGUCUCUCCAACUUUGCCAACGACUGGGUAGCAGCCAACGGACCAGAACAGAUCAUGUACGUGUUUGGCGGCACCUCGAUCUUUCUGUCUCUGCUGGCCAUCCCGGUGUACAUCUGGGGAAAGCGUCUGAGAAGCUGGUGGACCAGGCACGACCUGUUCGUGCUGCUCAAAAUGGAAACCCACGGCCCAGUCAACGAGAUGGGAUAGACCCGGCCCGAAGGAUACCAUGCAGGAGUGGGCAAGGGUUUUGGGUAAGAGCUGGUAAUUUUGAACGGUCUUGUACAUCAACAGGAUUAUUGAUGGACUAUCUGCAUAGGAGGACUGUCUUUGGAGUCAUAUAUAAUCAUGACCAGCCAGCAUUUGAGUAACCUGAAUUAUCAUCUGCUCCUCAACCAAG